UUUCUCCUACUGGGUUGCUUGUAUUUUAGUUUCUUAUUGCUUUUAGUCUCUACUCUGUCAUGCUGGAUUUCGGUUUACUUGCACUAAGCAUUUUGAUCAUCAUGCUAUGAGUUUUCAAACUCAUUUGUGAAUGUUAUGUGGGUCAUAUUUGUCUCUUAUAGGAAAUUUCGGUUUACAAAACACAACUUUACAGCUUGUUUGGAUGGUUGUUACCCAUCGUUUUAUAAUGUAUUGUAUUGUAUUAUAUUGUGUUGUAUUGUAUUGUAUUGUAUCGUUUCGUUUUAUAAAUACAAUGUUUGGAGAGAGAAAAAUCUCUGAGAAGUUGAGGGAGUUUGGUGGAGAGAGAAAAAUCUCUUUUACAACAUCCUCACUCUGGUUUUCGAAAUUACUGGUACAUUCCAUUAUCACUAGAAAAAGUAUAGUGAACUCAAACUUGAGUAUGACAACAAACCAAUAAACCAAACUAAAAACCCUUUAGUUUCCAAUUCUGUUGAAAUAUACCAAACAUGGCCUUACCAAUCCCAGCACAGCUCUUGCUCAAGCCACCCAAUUAUCGAGUCUUGCAAACCCCUGAAGGAGUUAUUAGUGUCACAGUUAGAACAAGAAAAGCUAAUAAUUCCAACUUGUGUUUUUAUAAUGGAGACAACCCUAGGUUGUAUUCAGGUCUCACAAGGACAAGGGCGGCCUGCAGUGAUGGAGGGGGUGAAGUUUAUGUUAACCCUCACCAGGAUGUUGAUAAGUUAAAGGAUAGCUCAUCUAACACAGGUGACAGUUACAUUGCCUUGUUUGUUCGGAUGCUUGGUUUGGACCAUGACCCUCUAGAUAGAGAACAGGCAGUCAUUGCUCUCUGGAAGUAUUCACUUGGAGGGAAGCAGUGUGUUGAUAUGUUAAUGAAGUUCCGGGGUUCUGUUAAUCUGGCUGUGAACCUUCUAAGGUCUGAGUCUGAUGCUGCUUGUGAAGCAGCUGCUGGUCUUUUGAGGAUGAUAUCCUCAGUGAAUAUGUACAGAGAGCUUGUGGCAGAUAGUGGUGCAAUAGAAGAGAUAAACGGCCUCUUGAGACGUUCUUCCCUCUCCCCAAAUGUGAAGGAGCAAAGCUUAUGUUCAUUAUGGAAUUUAUCUGUGGAUGAGAAACUCAGAAACAAAAUUGCCAACUCUGAUCUCUUGCCUUUACUGUUAAAGUUCCUGGAGGAUGAAGAAGUGAAAGUGAAGGAGGCAGCUACAAGGGUUUUGGCUAAUUUAGCAUUGACUGUUUCUAAUCACAAGAAUAUGGUUGAAGCAGGUGUCAUCCCAAAACUGGCAAUGCUCUUGAAAACUGAGGUGGAGGGAUCUAAGGUCAUUAAAAAAGAAGCGAGGAAUGCGUUGCUGGAACUUGCUAAAGAUGAGUACAGCAAGAUUCUUAUCAAGGAGGAAGAUCUUCUUCUGGUCCCUUUAGUUGGUGCAGUUGCCUACAAGUCCUUCAGGCCAGCUCUGUAUUCAUGGCCUUCUUUGCCCGAUGGUACCAAAAUUGACCAGAACCCAAAAACUUCAAGAUAUGGCGCCUCUGAAUUACUUCUUGGAUUAAAUAUUGAGGAUAAGAAUGCAAACAUUGAGGAAGCAAAAAUGAAGGCAAUGGUAGGACGCACUCAACAGCAAUUUCUUGCACGUAUUGGGGCAAUAGAAAUUGAAGAAGAUAAUAUAUCCAGUGGUGAACUUUCAUCAAAUCCAAGGUUUACUCUGUUGCCGUGGAUGGAUGGCGUGGCUCGCUUGGUUUUAAUUCUUGGACUUGAAGAUGAGUCAGCUAUUGCUAGAGCUGCAGAGGCCAUUGCAGAUGUAUCUAUUAAUGAGCGAAUGCGGGUUUCAUUUAAAGAAGCAGGUGCUAUAAACCCUCUUGUUCGGCUAAUUAACCAUCCUAGUGACACUGUUAAAUUAGCUGUUAUUCGGGCUCUGGAGAGGCUAUCUAUCAGUAAUGACGUAUGCCAAAGAAUGGAAGCAGAAAAUGUCUUGCAUUCUUUGAUUUACUUGCUCAGUAACUCGGAGAUCUCUAAAAGCUUGACAAAUAUGAUAUUGGAUAUUCUUACUCGGAUCCUAGAUCCUAGCAAAGAAAUGAAAUCAAAGUUUUAUUAUGGACCAGUUAAUGGGUUGACAAAGGAAUGGAGUGCAGCAAGAAAUGCAGGGUUGACUGGAAAUGAAAAUGAGAAAGUUGCAUCAACAACCAG